UGAUCAAUACCGUAGUAGCGGUGAGACRAUUGGAUCCAAUACCGMCAUGCUUGCCGAGGCUGCCGAUGCCUCUGCUACAGGAGCCACCAUCGAGGAUGGCAAGUCCGGCGAUACCGACUUUCCCUUCGGAGAUAUCAAGGUUAUUGCCACCAUUGGAGAACGUUCCGUAUGCCCAAGUUCCUACGGACAGAAGCUUGUUGGUGUACCCGAUGGUGUCGGAGCCUACCUUACGGACGACAGCACGGUUCGUCUGAUUUUCCAAUCCGAAUCCUAUGGGCCUCUUCGAUACGAGUCUUUCCCUAUUCCAAUGAAUGAYGGAAGCUUUCUCAUGGGUGGAUCGCAGGUUCAAUACAUUGACUACGAUCGUUCCAUGAUGGACGGGUUCAUGAGCUAUGAUGGUCCCGCUUCCGACAUGGUGGUUGAUGUUGGUAACAUGAUCGAAUACGUCUACAAUCUCAAGGGCGAACCCGUCGGACCCCGUGUCGAUGGUGGYCCCACUCCCGUGGGUGCCCACUUUGGAAAUGCCGAUGCCGAUGGAAACUACGUUGUCGAGGAAGAACCAUCUGAAAGCGACUGGUUUUUGCAAUCUCUUUGCUCUGCCCACAUGGAGGAAAGGCACCAAUGGGGUGACGGCAUUGGCCUCGAAGAYGAUAYCUUCAUUACAAACGAAGAAUGGAUUAACUAUGCGGAGGGAGAAAACUUCGUCGGGCUCUCGGUAAGUAUGAAUUAACAGUAACUGUAACUACGUGGUUUAUGAUCUCGUGAAGAUUCUGACACAACGCCUUGAUUCKUGUGUGACUUGUUUCCUCUACGAUUUGUGUUGUGUAUUGAAGGCACAUGCYAUCGAUGUGGAGAAAAAGRUCUCCUAUGCCGUCGGUGUCUUUUCGAACGGUGGGUUUGAAAAGAUUGUUGAGAUCAAUUCUCAGCAYCCCGACUACGUAAUGUUCUCCAUCUCGGGAUACACCGGAGCAUUCAGUAAGUGCGCCGGUUCUAUAAUAGUUGUAGAAAUGAGCCCAAGGAUUGUASAAAAGCAGCAUCCUUAACAAGUCUAGAGURUACCUCUCUAACAAAUUGCGUUGCAUCYCUUUAACCUCAGRGGGUYACUCUGCCGAACUCGAUGCCCGAAAUGCUGAAUWCAACCGAACGGAUGGAAAAGAUUACAUAUGGACCAAAAACAUCASUCCCGCUCGCAUCUACGUGGGUGUAAAAGGCAAAUUGGAAGAUGGAUCCGAUGCUCCAGAGGACGACUUCUUGGCUCGGAACGGUCUAAAAUACGGAAAGAUUUACGGUUACGCGGUCGAUAUGGGCGAACCCGUCCGCCAAUCCAAGGGAUUGUGGCGAGAUGAGUUCCACAGAACCCCCGAGUUCGCAGUCAAUGGAGCCAAGGUCCGUGGAUUCUGGAUCGCCCAGGACUGGCAGUGGGACGGAGAGGUGAAGAACUACCGCYACGAUGCUGGUUGGGAGUACCAGGACAAACCCCCACAUACUGGAAACGGAAGUGGCCGCAAAAAGUUCGAGUGGUGGACUGCUGCAGGACCCGACUCCGACGGAUGCAAGACCGAGCACAACACCCCCGAUCCCCGUGAGGGUUACUCCGCCUUCAUUCAAUCUUCCACGUGCGGAUACUUUGGACACUACUACGUACGUGCUUUUCUCUGCCCUACUCUCAUCUUUGUUUUCUCCUUCCGGAUUUUUUUUGGAGCGAUCUCAUACCGUUUUGUUUUCUAUCCUCACCUUACUUUGCUUUCUUUCUGUGCUUGAUUUUGUGCCUUGCAUCCCUCGUCCGGUACGACUACCAUCGAUUUUUCACAUCACAACUACGGCUUACAAAUAGAUUGAACACGCGGUUGAGGAACUGAACUUUGCCAACGGCGGUCUUCCCGAUACUUUUGAAGGAUCGUAUUAUGUUUACCAGGGAGAACUUGACAUUCGCGAUCAGAUCGAKCUGGGCGGAAAGGGACAGUAUGUCAACGGAACCGAUGCACGCAUGAACUACGACAAGCCCGAAACUCYGCACGAAACGUUCGAAGACAUCGACGGUUUCGAAGUCGUUGAGGCGAGCGACGGUGCUCUUUACGCAAUCAUCCAAGAAGACAGCGGGAACUCAUACGGCGAACGCAUGUUCAUCACAAAGCUGGAACAUKAUCGAAAUAAUAAAGAGCUGAAAUACUACUUCGUUGCAAUGAGCGGAGGGUCCGAAAACAGCCGCAUUGUUAACGGGGUUUCCGUCCCGAAAGGUUCGUGGAGUAGGGCCACCGGCCACGAGUUUUCUGGCGUCUUUGAUUUGUCGGGAUUCUUUGCGAAGAACGAGGACGGAUCCUAUGUUGUUGCAUCUUCCAACACAGGAUUGGCCAAACGCAAAGCCGACCGAACCGUUGACAUCAACGACAAGCUCAUUAUUUUGAACGUCCAGGCCCAYUCUCAGGCUGGAGGUGUACUUUCUGCCUUUCAACUGGAUCGUGGUGGACAGCUCUACCUCUACCAGCCGAGUCUCCCACAAASUGAAGAUGGUGUUAUCGCCGAAAUGGUCCGUGGCAUCCCCUAGAAAGUGAAUGAUGAGUGGAUGGAACGAURUAAUACAGAUGUAGUGUGUGGACAUUAAAGAAUGUUAUUUGUA